AAAUGCCCUUAUCUGGUGCUGAUUCUAAGGCCUUUUUGUUCUGUUUUGAACGUGUUGGUCAUCGUGGAAAAGGAAGGGACGAAAUCGCGCUAUUCCUCCGCUUCUUCCUAUUAAACUUCGAUUCCUCAUGCGUUUGUCGUACAACAACGAAAUCGCGCUGGUUUCGUUGAUUUCGGUCCAAAUUCCUUCGAAUGUCCAGCGUUCGCAUCUUUCUCUCGCCGAUUAUCCUCGGCGGUUUAACUUCUCCUUCCGUUUUAACUUCUCUGUCACAAAUCUCUGCUUCUAUCAUGCCGACGGCGGUUUUUCUUGCCGGCAAAACCCAUCAAGGUUUAUUUUUGAUUGAGCAGCUCCUUGAUUGUUCAAAUCUAUGGUUUCCUUGAUGAGAUCUAGGUUUUUUGGGAUUUCUGGGUAUUUUUUUGGAAUUGUUGUUUGCUGCCCUUGGAUUGUUGAAUUGUUAAAAUUUAUAAUUCAUAUGAAUCGUUUUUAAUAAAUCAGUGUUAUCACGUGGAGCAGUUUACAUAGUGCAACUUUAUAUUGGUUUUUUUUUUUUCAAUCGUUCUUAUACUAUAUUUGUUCUGACUUUUGAUCAAUUUGAAUAGGUCCAUAAAGCUGCCGGUGAUAAAUGGAAAUCGCUUUCAGAGGCUGGUUUCUGGCUGUGAGUCCACUUCAGAGGCCGGUUCGAUAUUCCAUUGUUUGUGAGGUCACCACAAAGAAGCCCGACUCUGCUGUGAAGAGAGCCUGGCAGGCUGAAAAGAGGAGGAUUUACAACCAAUCCCGCAAAUCCGAAAUCAAAACCCGGAUGAAGAAGCUCCUGACUGGGAAUCACACUCAGGAAACUCUUCAAUUUAUGAAUAAAGAAUGCACGACUUCUGUGAAUUUUCUUAAUUUCCACUGUGUGUCAAAUGCUCUGGAUCAUCACCUUCUACUCCACUCUACGUCCUGGUCUAAGCUACUAUUGUCAUGAGGUACAACUGUCCCUUUCAGGGCUCUAAUCUUGCCAGGCUGCCCCCUCCAGAGAGUACACUUGAAGUGCUCUUAAUCAACUGUGGGUUUGAGUUAUUCAUCUUUUAAAACUGUGGAUUAAUUGGUUCUACUUCUGCAUUUCCUCUUCAUUAAAAUGUUUACUUACCUGCUUUUAAGCAUCUUUAUUUAUGUAUCUAUUUUUUAAAAUGAAUUUUAAAGAUGUUAUAGAAAUUGGAAAAAGCAGCAGUUUGAGUACAUAGUUUUAAGAACUUUGGGAAGGAAUACUCGAAAAGAAGACUGACAAUGGGUUAACUGUAGUUCCCUUUUUAUAUCAUAUUCUAUUCCGUAUUAUUACACUAUUGCGUCUGGAAUAGCAACAUUUAUUCGGUGUCACCUAAAAAGUUUGUUAUGAUUGCUUCUUUGUUCAAGCCUGUGUUCAAUAAUAAAGUUGCAUAAUUUUGCGUAUGAGUUUCCAUCCCGCAGCAAUGCGCGGGUACAAUUUCUAGUUAUAUACGCUAAAACUUAGUUUCCUAACACUGUUCAUUAACAGUGAAAUGGCGAAAUUGCCCUCUAUUUCUUCUUGUUUCCCCGUUCUGUUCUCUUCUUGGCGUAGUGAAAUGGCCUUUUUGCCCAUGUUGGGCACGGGUCCAUCAUCCUACUUCUUUAGCCUUCAAUUAGGUUUUUUCUUCCCUUUACCUUUCUGUUGGCCUUUCUCUCUCGCUGAUCUAUGCUUCGAUCCGUCUUAUUUUGCGUUCUGUUCUUCUAAAAUCUUGCGUUCCUCUCAAAUCCUCUGUACUUUAUUUCACAAAAUAUUCACGAAGUUGGCCUCUAAAGUUUUAUUCUUUGUUGUAAAAUCUUGUGUUCCUUAUUUUUGUUUUUUGGGGAUUUCGUUUGUGGUCUCCGUUUUCAAAGAAGUCAUGCAUCCCUGUGAAUGUAGAUUUGUUGACGUUUUGUGGAAACUCAUAAAAUUGGUUUCCAAGGUUUUAUCUUGAACUUUAAUCGCCGGGAAGACUUUCUCUUUUUCCGUCGGUCAUACCGGAGUUGUCGUCGAAUUUCGGACGAAUUUUCAGCCCAGCUUGGGA